UUUUUUUUUUACUCGCGUCCUGAAAAACAACCAGAAAAAAGUUUUUCAGCCAACGUGGAUGAGACGGAGAGAAAAACCGGAGCCUAACGGAGGUUUUUAUCCGAUUCCGCCACAACUUCCAGGCACCGAGCUCGGGGCUGGUUCUUCCCCUCAGCGAGCCUCUUGCGCGAACAACACCGGAGGAGGGAGUGGGGUGUCACGGCUAACCCUGCUAACGGGCUAGCUAGCUAACGAACCACCGUCUAAAGUUACCAGUCGACGGGGGGAAAGUGACCGAGGCGACGCACCGAAGACGGCCACGGAGAUGAAAACCCCGGGAGACUCCGGGUUUGCUUUUCCGGAAUGGGCCUACAAGCCCGAGUCGAGCCCGGGAUCCAGACAGAUCCAGCUGUGGCACUUCAUCCUGGAGCUGCUGAGGAAAGAGGAGUACCAUGACGUCAUCGCCUGGCAGGGAGACUAUGGCGAGUUUGUCAUCAAGGACCCAGAUGAGGUGGCCCGCUUAUGGGGGGCGAGGAAGUGUAAACCCCAGAUGAACUAUGACAAGCUCAGCCGAGCACUAAGAUACUACUACAACAAGAGGAUCCUCCACAAGACCAAAGGGAAGAGAUUCACUUACAAGUUCAACUUCAACAAACUAGUCCUGGUCAACUACCCCUUCAUCGACAUGGGCUCUGGUCGAGGAGUUCCUCAGAGCGCCCCUCCGGUGCCAACUGGAGGCACCCACUUCCGUUUCCCCCCUUCCACGCCGUCAGAGGUCCUCUCCUCCAGCGAGGAGCUGCGCAGUCCGGGCAUGUUCAGCAGCGUGGCCCGUCGCAUGGCUCGGGGCUCUGUGAGCGACUGCAGCGAUGGCACCUCCACCAACUCGGAGCUGGAGGAGGCCGUGGGGGUGGAUGAGCGAGGUGUGGGGCCGGAGAGGGCUUUCAGGGGUCUGCUUCCUCACCGCAUGCCUCACGACUCUCUCUUCAGGGUCUACCCAGCAGGGCUCCCCAGACCUGCCCCAAGGGUCCACCCAGAGUCUCUGUCCCCAUUCCCUGUUUCCCCCCUGCCCGGCCCCGGGAGUCUCCUGGCCCCAAAUCUGUCCCCCGCUCUGUCCAUGACCCCCACCCCCCAUCUGCCCUACACCCCCUCCCCCUCCCUUUCCUCACCCAUGAUGGGCUCCCACUUUUCCUUCAACCCAGAGGAUAUGAAGCACUACCUGCAGGCCCACACCCAGUCUGUCUACAACUACCACCUCAGCCCCCGAGCUUUCUUCCACUACCCCAACAUCAUCAUCCCUCAGCCCCACCGCCCCACCCUGGAGAAACCGGCCACUCACCACCUGCACGCGCCCCUGUCGCUCUCUCAUUCACUCAGCCAUCACGCAGGAGGUGGAGAGGAACAGCACCCAUCUCCAUUCAAGUUCAAGUUGCAGCCUCCCCCGCUCGGGCGCAAACAGAGGGAUUCGGGAAGCUCAUUGGCUGCUUCUGCUUCCUCAUCUUCCUCCAGCCAGUCGUCCUCAUUCACUGGCUCCGGGCAGAUAAAUAACUCUGUCCUGGCUGCGGGGCCGCCGAAGAUCAAGGUGGAGCCCAUAUCUGACAUCGAGUCGGAAGAGGAGGUGGAAGUGACUGACAUCAGUGAGGAAGAUGAGAUGGAUCAUAACAACGAGGAUGACGAAGGAGACAUCUUCACCCCAACUCCUCAUCAUCAUCAUCUGCUCAAGAACCAUCACCAAGCGAACGGGACCGGCAGCUCUGCUCCCCUCCCGCCACACAGUAACCACGACGAUGAUGACGAUGAGGUCUUCAAGACUCCUGCUACUCCUCCCAUUGGCAGUGCCGGCCUGGCCUUUCCUCUGAUUGGCCUGAAGAGCGAGCCGGGUCAGGCAGCGCCCAUCAGCCCCGGCGGCUCGCGCUGCAUCCCGCUCAAACUGCGCUUCAAACGCCGCUGGAGCAAGGACCAGAAGAUGGAGGCGGACGGAGAGAGGGACGAGGCGGAGGACAAGAAAGUGAGGGCCGAGGGAGACGAGGAGGUGGAGGGGAAGACGGAGGAGGUGGGGAGGAGAGGAGGGGAGGUAGAAAAUGGGGGAGGACAAGGAGGAGGAGGGGGUGUUAUUUUGGGGUUGAUGCUGCCACCACCUCCCACCCAGCGAAGAGCGAGCUCAGAGCUGCAGAGGGCGACGGCACAGCUGUCUCUGGAAAACCCAGGCUGCUGAGCGUCACACACACACACACACACACACACACACACUCACACACACACACAGGCUCGGCUACAAGUUUCAUAUUUUUAUUCAGACCAUAAUGCCUUGUGGGAAAUCAAACGGAGAGAACUAGGUUAUUACAUCAACAUGACUUCAUGUGUCUUACGCAGGAAGCAGUUCUUGUGCAAUAAUUAAAGGAGCGGUCGGUUGUUUUUUUUGUUUUUUUACUGACGUCACCGGCUCCUCGAAUUCAACAGACAAAAUAUUUUCCUACAUGUUCACAGGAAAGUAAAGAACAAGGUGAAGGUGUUUGUAGAGUCGGUGACUCUGAGCCUCCAGACGUUAUGGUCUGUGUGAAACCAUGAAACUCCGGGCUACACGUGCACAACAGGUUUUUGCUGUUAACAGGCAUCGCUUGUUGCUACGUCUUCCGUCCACACUGCCCCGACCUUUUUGAAAACGCUGCUGUAACCGUUACAGUUUGAAAACUCGCUUUUCGUCAGUCCUCUACCUUGACGUAGAAACUGUUCGUAAUCGUUUCCUUUUAACCAACCGCUGAACAGACAAUCCGCUCCCUGUUUUUAUCGGUCGCGUGACACGAGUUUCAUUACGGCGAUGCGACGCUCUCGUGGACGGAGAUCGUUUGGAGUUUUAAACUUCUGCGGGUGUGGCCGCGUGCGUGCCUGUGCUGCCUCUGACUCCUCCGUGUGCCCGGUGUCAAACACAGGCGCAGCAGUGUUUCCUCUGUGACCUACAACACUACAAGAUAAACUUAGUCUGUAUAUUGAGUUUGGAUUUAAAAACUAGUGCCCCUACAGAGACGGGGGCUGACUCUUAAUAUCUCGUAGGAAUUGCACACUGCCUCCUCGAUGCCUCCUCGCCCUCAUAGUGCCAGUAAAUUCCAGGGAAUCACCUCUCACCCCCUCCCCCCCCCCGUGCCAGGACUAAGUCUUUAAUGGGGUUUACUGGGUCUGUGUGUUUGUGUGGUACAGUGACAGGAAUCGCAUCCAUCUCUUUAGCAAGGCAGCAUGAAUUGUACAGCUGUAGAUAGAAUGAAUUUCUCUGGCUCAUUUGAAGGCGGUGAGCUCCUUUCAUAACCUCCCUCUCUUCUUUGUUUGUUUCCUCCUUUUAUAUUCGCCACAACAGACGGACAGAUCCGGAUGUUACUAAAAACAAACACAUUUAACAGCGCCGAUUGCAGAAGUGCCGCUCUGUCCGCACCCGUCACCCUGCAGUCGUUUACAAGGCGGAGGACAGUGAGCAAAAAAAAAAAAAAAAA